UCUACUAGAAGUAUUUAGUUCUUCUAGUAACUAACAUCCCACUUUUGACACCCAACAGUACACCAGCUUCAACCUUCAACCAACCCCACUUGUUUCCUCCACCGAGCUCCAACAAUGUCGGUAUGCUGCUGUGGUGUUGAAUGCGUUGUUCUUAUAGGCUUCUCUCGUUGGUUAUGGAAACGCUGCACUUACAUAGGCUCUAACGACAGUGCUACUUGGCCUUCAGCUACUCCCGAAGAAUUCGAACCAGUCCCUCGCAUCUGCCGCCUUAUUCUUGCUGUCUACGAACCCGACAUCCGCAACCCUCAAUUCGCCCCUCCUGGUGGGUACCGUUUAAAUCCUGAUUGGUUCAUCAAACGCGUCACUUACCAACAAACUCAAGGCCGAGCUCCACCUUACAUUAUCUACGCCGAUCAUGAUAACCAUGAAAUUGUUUUAGCGAUUCGUGGGUUGAAUCUAUUAAUGGAAUCUGAUUAUAAACUUUUACUUGAUAAUCGACUUGGAAUGCAGAUGUUUGAUGGUGGGUAUGUACAUCAUGGGCUUUUGAAAUCUGCUAUUUGGUUGUUGAAUCAGGAAUCCGAGACUUUGAAGAAGUUGUGGGUUGAGAAUGGAAGGAGUUAUAGGAUGGUUUUUGCUGGGCAUUCUUUAGGGUCUGGUGUUGCGUCUUUGUUGUCUGUUGUGGUUGUCAAUCAUGGGAAUAAACUUGGGGGUAUUCCCAGAAAUCUUGUUAGGUGUUAUGCGGUUGCACCUGCUAGAUGUAUGUCGCUUAAUUUGGCUGUCAAAUAUGCUGAUGUUAUUCAUUCUGUUAUACUUCAGGAUGACUUUCUACCAAGAACAGCCACUCCAUUAGAAGAUAUCUUCAAAUCAAUCUUCUGCUUGCCCUGUUUGAUGCUUUUGAUUUGCUUGAGAGACACCUUUAUUCCAGAAGAUAGGAAGCUUAGAGAUCCAAGAAGACUAUAUGCUCCUGGACGAAUGUAUCAUAUUGUAGAAAGGAAGUUUUGCAGAUGUGGAAGGUUUCCUCCAGAAGUCAGAACGGCUAUUCCUGUCGAAGGAAGAUUUGAGCAUAUUGUGCUUUCCUGUAAUGCUACAUCUGAUCAUGGAAUUCUUUGGAUUGAAAAAGAAGCAGAGAAGGCUUUAGAAAUAAUGAAGGAGAGCUGUUCCGACACAGUAACGAGUCCACCAAGAGUGCAGAGGAUUGAGAGAUUGCAGACUAUUGAAAAGGAACACAAGGAUGCUUUGGAAAGAGCGGUAAGUCUUAAGGUGCCUCAUGCAAUAUCUUUCAACAAGGAAUCCUUUGAAGAUGCAAAAGCCGAGGAGGAGGAGGAGGAGGAGGAGGAGGAAGAUGAUCCGAACGAGGAAUCAUCAAACACUCAACCGAAAUCAAAUGGUGGGAAAGCUAAUUGGGAUGAAUUAAUAGAAAAGCUAUUCACAAAGCCAGAUUCCGAAGAAUUAAACCUAAAAAGAGUUGAAGAUGCACAAGGAUCCCAGAAUUCUUGAUUUUUUGAAUUUACCAUUAUAUCUUUUUGUAUAUGUUUGUAAAUUGAUUUUUGUCUAUUGUAGUUUCAUAGCAUCAAAUUGCUGUGUUACUAAAGAGCGUAGACUUAUAGUAAGAUAUAGCGAGAAAACAGCAAGUGUGUAUUCUUUUCGACUACUAUUUUUUUAAUUUUUUUUACUUCGGUUUAGGGGUGAAAGUUUGUUAAGAGAUGCAAUAAAUAUGUUUUGCUUUUCUUGUUGUUCAAAAACAAA